AUGCGUUGGUUACUCGUAAGUCAUGACGAAAAUUCCAUCUCAAAACAAUGUGAAGAUAUAUUAGAAGUAGCUGGACAAAUAGUUCUCUAUAAUUAUCAUCAUGGUAAAUCAUCAAUACAAGAAAUAAAAGAUAAAAUAAAUAAUGAUAAACCUGAUAGAAUUAUUGUUAUAAUAAAUGAAAAAAAUUCUUCAAGACUUAUUAAUACAAUCAAUGAUCAUCUUUUAAUUCCUCUCUAUGUAGCACAAACUACAACAAAUUCUUAUUCACCUAUUCCUGUACUUUUAUUAACAUGUACAACAAAUGAUAAUAGUUUAAUUAUAAUUCAAAAUGCAACUGAUCAAUUAGUUAAUAUUUAUUCACAUAUUGUCAAUGCAAAACUGCUAACACCAAUAAGUGAUGAAGAUUUAAAUGAAAAUUAUUUUGAAUCGUUAUGGCAAACAAAUCCAGACGAAUUUCAUCGUAUAACAAUACUUUCUGAUGUUUUACCUAUUUUAUUAGCACUAAUACAUGAUGGUAAAGCAAAUGGUCAAGUAGAUGUUUGUAAUAAAGGUACAAUAUCGUUGCAAUAUUUUAAAAAAAUUAAUUCAAAUGAAAUUAAACAAGAGAAUAUUUUGCCUCAAUCAAUUGAAACCGAAGAUAUUACAGAUAAAUUUGAACAAUGGAAUAAACAAAUGAUUUCACCUGAAACACGACCACUUUACCAAGCAUCUUUUCUAUUACCAAAUGUAUUAAAAAGUAUUGAACAAAUUUUACAGCAACAAAAAAUCAAUAUGAACCAAAAUAAAUCAAAAAUUUUACUUGUUACUGGUGGAUGUGGAUUUAUUGGAAGUACAUUUAUCAAUCAUUGGAUUGAAACAUAUUCAAAUGAUAAAAUUAUUAAUAUUGAUCGACUUGAUCCAGUUGCUAAUACAAAAAAUAUUGCCAAUCCAAAUUCACCUAAUUAUACGCUUAUUGUUGCGGAUAUUAGUAAUAAAGAUAUUGUUUUACAUCUUUUUAAUCAAUACCAUAUUACACAUAUUAUUCAUUUUGCAGUUCAAGCUCAUCUUGAUACUUCGUUUGGUAAUAGUAUUACAUUUACAGAAUCAAAUGUCUACGGAACUCAUUCUGUUCUUGAAGCAAGUCGAAUUUAUGGUAAAAUUCAAAAAUUUAUUCAUAUAAGUACUGAUGAAGUUUAUGGUGAAACACCAUCUGGUAGUAAUCAAGAGAUUUGUCUUCUUAAUCCUCUUAAUCCGUAUGCAGCAACAAUAGCUGCAGCUGAAUUUCUUGUUAAAUCCUAUGGUGAAAGUUUUAAAUUACCCUAUUGUAUUAUUCGUUUAUGUAAUGUCUAUGGACCAAGACAACAUAUUGAGAAAAUUAUUCCAACGUUUAUUAAUACUUUAUUACAAGGAGAAAAAAUAAAAAUUCAUGGUGAUGGUAAACAAAUACGUCAUUAUCUUUAUGUUGAUGAUGUUAUUCGUGCUAUUGAACUUAUUUUAAAUAAAGGAAAAACCAAAAUGAUUUAUAAUAUUGGAACAAAAAAUGAAUUUAAUGUUCUUGAUAUAGCGAAAUAUAUUUUAGAAAAACUUCAAUUAAAUAAAAAUCUUGAUGAUGCUAUUAUAUAUGUUAAACCUCGAUCGUUUACUGAAGCACGAUAUUGUACAACAACAUGUGGAUUAGUCAAAUCGCUUGGUUGGAAAGAACAAAUAUCAUUUGAUCAAGGAUUAGAAAAAACUAUUCAAUGGCUUAAAUCAAAUCCUGAUUAUUGGACAAAAUAA